CCGGGGACCACUUGGCACUUAACAGUGUGGAGCGCUUCACGCCCCGAAUCUCAUUGGAGCCUUUGCCACACAGCCCUGCCCAGGGCCAUCGAUGCCCCGGUUUCGCUCACGAAGGAGAGACCGAGGCUCAGAAGAGCGAGCGUCGAGCCCCGAAGGAGCCCGGCACAGCGUCGGGACGAGAACCCGACCCUCGCCGCGGGCGGCUCUCGAGCUCCUCCCCCGACUCGCCCUCCCCUAAGCCGCCCCCGGCUGUGCUUGCCGCCACGCGCCUCCCGGCGACUGCAGAGACGCGGCUCCCUGCCUGCUCGCGCGUGCUUCGGCUCUUGAGGACGCGGGGUCCUGGCUCCCCCGCUGGCCGCGCCGCUGCGGGUGGGCACGGCCCCGGCGCCCCGCCCCAGGCACCAUGGACUGGAAGACACUCCAGGCCCUGCUGAGCGGAGUCAACAAGUACUCCACGGCCUUCGGACGCAUCUGGCUGUCGGUGGUGUUCGUCUUCCGCGUGCUGGUCUACGUGGUGGCCGCGGAGCGCGUGUGGGGGGACGAGCAGAAGGACUUUGACUGCAACACCAAGCAGCCGGGCUGCACCAACGUCUGCUACGAUGAGUUCUUCCCCAUCUCCAACAUCCGCCUCUGGGCCCUGCAGCUCAUCUUCGUCACGUGCCCGUCGCUGCUGGUCAUCCUGCACGUGGCCUACCGCGAGGAGCGCGAGCGGCGGCACCGGCAGAAGCACGGCGACCAGUGCGCCAAGCUCUACGACAACACGGGCAAGAAGCACGGCGGCCUCUGGUGGACCUACCUGCUGAGCCUCGUCUUCAAGCUCCUCAUCGAAUUUCUCUUCCUCUACUUGCUGCACACGCUCUGGUACGGCUUCGGCAUGCCCCGCCUGGUGCAGUGCGCCAACGUGGCGCCCUGCCCCAACACCGUGGACUGCUACAUCGCCCGGCCCACCGAGAAGAAGCUCUUCACCUACUUCAUGGUGGGCGCCUCCGCCGCCUGCAUCGUGCUCACCUUCUGCGAGAUCUGCUACCUCAUCUUCCACAGGGUCGUGCGAAGCCUUCACAGGAAGAGCCAGCGCGGGGGCCGCGGCCACGCCGCCUCCGCCAGCCGGGCCUCCACCUGCCGCUGCCACCACAAGCUGCUGGAGGCCGGGGACCUGAGCCCGGACUCCCGCGACAACAAGCUGUGUGCUUCGGCACCCACCAUGACCCCCAUCUGACCACGGGGCCGGGUGGGGGGCCAUCCUGGGGCUGCCCGUGGGGACAGAAGCAGGGUCUUAUGGUGCCGGUGGAGGGGUCCUACGGGUGCUGGGUGCCCCCACUCUGAAUUCACUACACUAUGCAAUUUCGUUUUUAGCAGAUUUUUUCUUUUGAACGCCGGACACUGUGCCGUCUAUCUGGUAUAGGUCACACCACAGGCCCAGUGGCGGCCCUCCUAGGAGACAGACAUUGAAAGAAGCCGGUUAACUGCUGCCUACAAGGUGACACUUGGCAGGGCUUCCCCUAACCGAGGAAGGAGUGAUCAGGAGAGGCUUCCCCCAGGGAGGAAUGUUUAAGGGAGGUAAGAUGAGCUUCUUAGCAGGGGAAAGUAAGUGCAGAUGCCCAGAGGCCAUAAAAAGAGGCUUGCCUUGGGUUGGAUGCACCAGGCCAAAGGGCAUCUUCCUUCCAGAGCGGCACCCAGAUUCCUGGGGUGGAAAGGAAGUGUCCGCCCAGUGGUGGAGGGCUGGAGGCUGAGAGUGAGCCUGGGAAGAGGAGGAGGCAGCUCUGGUGACACCCAGAGACCCUCUGGGCCGCCACUGCCCUCCAGGAAGCCCCCACGCCCCUGGUCAUUCCUCCAGCUUCAGGCAGCUUUGCUCCCAUCUUCCUUCCACACCGUGCUCAGUCUGGUGCCAGCCUCUCAGGGACUUGAAGUGGAUGUACUGAUAGGAACAUCCCCAAGGAAUUUUUCUUGAAUUCAAUAAA